GAAUUUGAUCAGACACGCGCAUCCCUGCGUAGUAGUUGUAAAAGGGCGUAUCCAGGUUAUUACUAACUAAACUACAUCGGAUAGGUCAUUGCUGCACGUAUCGUGCCAGGUAGACAAUGCCCUCUCUCAUUACCCUGCCAGAGGACAUCUUACUUGCUGUUUGUGCCCAGCUGUCAGUCGCUGAUGUCCUGUCUUUGAAACAAACAUGUCGUGUUCUACACACCUUUGCUGAAAAUGACUAUCUUUGGCAUCAGAUCAUUCUCAAUGUCGAUCUGCCUUUGGACAUCCCUUUUGAUGUUGAUCCGACAUCUCUUUCAGCGUUCGAACUACAGAGGAUUGUAGUCAGAGCCAUGAUGUUGGAUCUUCGAUGGCGGGAUACAAACAUGCCUACCUUCAAGGUAACACACUUGGCUCGUGACUCCCGCGAUAAUUACGUAGACAAGAUGCAGCUACUCCCCGGAGCUCAGUAUCUCGUGACUACCCAGCGCAGGGGAGGCAGCACGCGAACACGACUGAUAUUAUGGUCACUUAAGGAUAUGCGCAACCCUCACCACGUAGCUUCUUUCAAUGUGGCAGCUCGGGUCAGUUCUUUCCACGCUGACCUUCGAGACGACGGUAAAGAGGUCCAUGUAGCUGUUGUUGCUGACCUUGUUACAACACUGUUGCUUCAAGUCUAUGCAAUUUUACUCGAAGAUCCUAUCACACACAUGGCUGAAUCGCGCCUACUCUUCGAUAGCUCUUCCAGGGGAACUAUAUUCUUGAAAGGCAUUCCAGAUAGAGUUAUCGUUCGAAAUAAUCUGGUAGCUACUUCCUUCAUCGGUAGAGUCCCAGGAUCAAACAUGCUCCUCGAAUGGUAUAUAUUUUUCUACAACAUCGCCACCCAUGCCCAGGUAAUUGCGAAGCCCCCUGAUCCAGUGGAUCCUUACCAAUAUUCAAAUAUGUUUUUGUAUCCUCAGCGAAUUGCACUCGUUAGUUCAGGCAUGGCAGGCUUGACCAUGACGGUAUAUAGCCUCCCGCAGGCCGUUUUGAACCAUGAGCCUUCAAAGGACGCUAAUACGUUACCACACGCACUCCCUAGGCAAACCCUUGAACCGCUUACGCAAAAGUAUUGUAUGUGUGGGGAGGGAGGACCUCGUGAUUCAUUUUUCUCUGAUGUCCUCCAGCACCCCAAAUUACCGCCGCCAGGAAUAUCGGUUCUGUCUUUUCAAGAAUCUGACGCAUCGAUGGCCCAUUUUUCUGUUGACUUGAUAUGUACCAAAGAUCAACAACCGGUCAAGUUGAGACCACAUGGGCAGGUUGCAUGCUCGAAUGGCGUCACUAACGCAUAUCUCGGUGCAACUGGACGGCGAGCUGUAUGGGUUGAGCGCAAUUGGCAGGGUGACGAAUACGUCGUCAUCAAAAAGUGGUCGCUCUCUAGAACUGAUGAUAAGGAGCAGUCAUGUUCAGGACCAUCUGCACUGAUUCCGAAUUUUUCGUGCUUACCUUUCGAUCCACGCGACUGCUAUACGAUGGCCUUUGAUGAAACAACGUGCAGAGUGUGUAUAGGACUCGCCUCGGGCGAGAUGUAUGUCUUGGACAUAAUAUAGGACCCAUUGUGAACUUAGCAUUUAUUACGAUAGCUGUUUUUCUUUUUUCUUUUGACUACUUUGCCCGUAUGGGGUUGGCCUUUUUGGACAUACGUAGUGUAUUAUGAUAAGUUUAAAUUGUGUUUCAUCUGCGAGGAGUUGGGACUCCCGUUCUCCAACCGUCUACUUCUCUCGAAAUAAUGACAGUGCCCUCUUGUGCUC